AUGCUCAUGCCCGACAACGCGCCAAAGAUAACAAGCCGAUCGCUGAUGAUCGACCAGCGAUAUGGAGCCACAUCUCCGCCAGUCUCCCCGGCCGCCCCAAACACAUUGCCUCUCGCCGUCCCGCGCGCCCCAGCCGAAAACGCAAAGAUGCUCAUGCCCGACAACGCGCCAAAGAUAACAAGCCGAUCGCUGAUGAUCGACCAGCGAUAUGGAGCCACAUCUCCGCCAGUCUCCCCGGCCGCCCCAAACACACUGCCUCUCGCCGUCCCGCGCGCCCCAGCCGAAAACGCAAAGAUGCUCAUGCCCGACAACGCGCCAAAGAUAACAAGCCGAUCGCUGAUGAUCGACCAGCGAUAUGGAGCCACAUCUCCGCCAGUCUCCCCGGCCGCCCCAAACACAUUGCCUCUCGCCGUCCCGAGCGCCCCAGCCGAAAACGCAAAGAUGCUCAUGCCCGACAACGCGCCAAAGAUAACAAGCCGAUCGCUGAUGAUCGACCAGCGAUAUGGAGCCACAUCUCCGCCAGUCUCCCCGGCCGCCCCAAACACAUUGCCUCUCGCCGUCCCGAGCGCCCCAGCCGAAAACGCAAAGAUGCUCAUGCCCGACAACGCGCCAAAGAUAACAAGCCGAUCGCUGAUGAUCGACCAGCGAUAUGGAGCCACAUCUCCGCCAGUCUCCCCGGCCGCCCCAAACACACUGCCUCUCGCCGUCCCGCGCGCCCCAGCCGAAAACGCAAAGAUGCUCAUGCCCGACAACGCGCCAAAGAUAACAAGCCGAUCGCUGAUGAUCGACCAGCGAUAUGGAGCCACAUCUCCGCCAGUCUCCCCGGCCGCCCCAAACACACUGCCUCUCGCCGUCCCGCGCGCCCCAGCCGAAAACGCAAAGAUGCUCAUGCCCGACAACGCGCCAAAGAUAACAAGCCGAUCGCUGAUGAUCGACCAGCGAUAUGGAGCCACAUCUCCGCCAGUCUCCCCGGCCGCCCCAAACACACUGCCUCUCGCCGUCCCGCGCGCCCCAGCCGAAAACGCAAAGAUGCUCAUGCCCGACAACGCGCCAAAGAUAACAAGCCGAUCGCUGAUGAUCGACCAGCGAUAUGGAGCCACAUCUCCGCCAGUCUCCCCGGCCGUCCCAAACACACUGCCUCUCGCCGUCCCGCGCGCCUCAGCCGAAAAUGCAAAGAUGCUCAUGCCCGGCGACGCGCCAAAGAUAACAAGUACAAAUCACAUAACAAGUUUAAAAGACUCCAUUAACACGGACAGUGCUGUGAGCCGAAAGUUCCGGCUCCCGUUAAACAACACUUACCGUGCCCUGUGUCCAGAACAGCUAGUGAGAAUUGAUGGCCACCGCUGGAGGCCACCAAUCUCCGCAGAAUUAGUCCGUAUCAAUGGCGGACGCUGCCCCAGGCUUGCGGUGUAG